CUCGCCAGCUCAAUCCUUUAAGAAAGACCUCUUGUAACUGGGUUAAUCAGCGAAGUAGUGAGUAGUUAUUAAGUAACGCUGGAAUAUAUCAUAUGAUUCACUGUUGAUCUUGCACUCACUUGCCCUCCAACGAGUUUCGCCGGUUCGCAAAAGAAACAGCGGAGCCUACGUUUCUACAGAAGAAGUUUAUCAGUGAGCUCGUGAGCUAGCUCAAGUUGCUAGCCCAAGAAGUCAGCCAGCCAUUUGUCUCAGUAUGUUGCGGGGUAACUUGUGAGUAGAGACAGCGCACUUGUCGGACUUUUUGUGUCCGACAUGUUUUUGUGGGAGGACGAAAAAGGGGGCAGUAAGCCGCUGGAAGACAGACUGCCUCAGCAUGGAUAAAUAGCACAGCAGCUGCUCUGUUGGUGUGAGAAGUAAGGUCAGAAGAACAUCUGCGACUAUGAGCAGGUCAGAACAAAAGGACAUGGUCUUGUCCACAAGCGAAGACCAUCUCCCAUGCAUCCAUAGUUCAAAAGCGGAUCCCCUCACCCGGAGCAGACCCCUCAGUGAUAUAUAUCCAUUUCAGAGUCAUGCUGAGAGAAGUUCAGUCCCAUAUCUGCUAUCUGGAUGUGGUACCCAGGUACAGCCAAUGAGUGCUGGUCUUCCGUCUGAUGAGAGCAGAUUAAACGGCAUCAAAUCCUCUGCCUGGUCUAAAACUGUUAUAGGUCAAGCUGAAGGAAAGCCUUACUCUUCGAGAAUUAUGAGGCUUUUUUCUAACUCAAGGAAGGGGCCCGUGGCCCCUCACAGUCCCGCCACUGACAGUCUAACUUCAAGCAAUGACAGUGACAGCGGCACGCAGCCUUGGGCAGGACUUUCAGAGUUUGGUGUUGUGGACUCCUUUAAAAGGCUACGAUCAUCUGUGCUACAAGGAAUUCAAAGUAAAGGGGCAGCAAGUUAUGACUGUGACCAUGUCCCUAUAACUAAUAAGGAAAUGACUAAUGGCUCAGCUGUUAUCAGAACUGACCCUUGUCUAGCUGAUGCAGUAAAUCAUUUAAAGACUGCAGAAGGACGUAAAGUGUCUAACGGAAAUAUCACUGGUCACAUAUUCGCGGCGAUCAGCCAGCACAGCUCAGAUAUUGAGGACUAUGAUGAUGACGAUGAAACUGAUGUUAAUGGACUGACUCGCAACUCACGGUUCUCCAGAAGUAUCAGGAGAGCUUAUGGAGCAGGACGCAUCUCUUUAUUUGAUGUGACCAAUGGGAGACAAGCAAAAAGUAAUACAAACCCAGCUGCAAAUACCACACAGAAAGCAACUGAGACAUCAAAGACUAAUCUCCAAACAGAGAACCUGAAUGAAAGUACAAAUGUGAAGGUUCUUAGCAGACUGAGCAAAAGUGCAGAAAACCUUCAUAAUUUUAAGGCACCUUUUAGACGCAAAACCCCAUCUACAGGUCCUCCUUUGCCACAGGAAGAAUACCAGAGGACGAGUUUAUCAAAUGGGACAGCAGACAUCCAAAGGACUUCGAGCGCUUCAUCAGUGGACCUCCACGGCCGCACUGGUAGCUGCAGGAGGGACCCUGUGAAAGUUAAAGGGCCAAUGCUGAAGCUUGUUGGUAGUAUGACUGACCUAACUGUCCGGCACAGGCGAAGUCCCUCUCCCAGUCCCACCUCUUCAUCUCCCAUGUCACCCUUAAGCCGACUCCAUGAUGACUAUUCUCGCCGUGUGCCUUGUCUACAAACCAAUGAGCGACAGCGCCGGCCAUCAUCCAUCCACGGCAUUUCUGUCGAACACACUCCACUGCUUCAUCAGCAGCCAGAAAAUGACAAGAGCCCACAGCCGCACCAGGUUAUCAAUGGCCGUCAUUCCUUGGAGCCACCAGAGAUAACAGUGCUGAUUUCAUCUGGUAUCUCUACUCAAUGUGAGCUGCUGGCUGAUGAUACAACUAGCAGUUAUAAAGAAAUGGUUGAAUGCUUUUCAUUUCCACUCAGCCAAAGAGAGUCUUCACAACACCAAGAACAUACUGAAGGAAACUCGUCAUCAAAUGAGGUGAUUCCACACCUGCAACGACGUGAAGCACUUCUCCAAUCAGAGGACAUCUCUACAGCAACCAGCAGCACACCUCCUGUCUCCCCAACAAGCUUAUCAGACUCACCCACAUCACCAACAGAUGCAGCAGCGUCUUCCACGGAAACACCCUCUGUCAAGCCCAGACAAAGAAGUGGGCGCCCGAGGCCUCGACCCAUCUCUGACUAUGCACAGCUUGUUUCCAGGAAGCACUGCAUCCCUGAGGAAGUGGCAGAGCUUCAUAAUGAGGAAAGAACAACAGAUACGGUGCAGCAUAAAGACAGCAGUGGUAACAAUAAUGGAGACACUCCUGAGAACCAAAGCAUGAAUGGGGAUGUUCAGAGGCAGCGCCCCAUUUCAGUGAUAGGAGCUGUGGAUCUGUUUCCAGCAGAUGCAGAGCUGAAGGAGGACCAACUUCCAUCUCCUUUGUCACGGCCACCAGUCCCCUCCCACCAGGUACCCCCCUACAGAGGAGUGUCUGCCAGGUUUCGUCCCUCUGUCCUCUCCCAGAGCACCCCCAUCGGACUGGACCGUGUGGGGAGGCGCAGACUCCACAGAGUGCUCAGCGAUGGCGUUUCCAAUUGCUCGGCCACAGUUGAUGACAGCUUGAGUGAGGAGGAGGAGGAGGAGGAGGGGAGCUUUGAUGAACUCACAGAUGUCACACCCUACCUGCAGCUGGGGGUGGAGCUCUCUCUGCUCAACGAGUGGAUAAGCUCUGGCCACACUGUGUAUGCGGAGGCUCUCUGGGACCAUGUGACCAUGGAGGAGCAGGAGCUGGCCUUCAAGGCUGGAGAUGUUAUCCGUGUGCUGGAUACCUCACAUAAAGACUGGUGGUGGGGCAGAGGGGGGGACAAGGAAGCCUGGUUCCCCUCCAGCUUUGUGAGGGUGCGUGUGAACCAGGAGGACUCGAGUGCUGAAAGUGUUGAAAGUGUAGCAGACCAGGAAAGUCCAGCUUCCAGGGACACACACAGCACUCAGCAUCGACAGCAGAUGAGAACCAAUGUGGUUCAGGAAAUCAUGAACACUGAACGUAUCUACAUCAAACACCUAAAAGACAUCUGUGAGGGUUAUAUCCGUCAGUGUCGGAAACACCCCGAUAUGUUCACAGAGCUGCAGUUAAAGACCAUCUUCAGCAACAUAGAGGACAUCUACAGAUUUCAAAGGCAGUUCCUUCGAGAUCUGGAGAAGAAGUACAACAAAGAACAACCACAUCUCAGUGAAAUAGGCUCCUGUUUUCUCCUGCAGGGCGAUGGCUUUUCAAUCUACUCUGAGUACUGUAACACACAUCCUGCAGCCUGCACUGAGCUGCAGCGCCUCAUGAAGUUGGGAAAAUAUAAACAUUUCUUUGAGGCCUGCCGCCUCCUCCAACAGAUGAUUGACAUUUCUAUCGCAGGUUUCUUACUUACACCUGUCCAGAAGAUCUGUAAAUACCCUUUGCAGCUGGGAGAACUGCUCAAGUACACACCCAAAGACCACAGUGACCACAAUGGUGUAAGUAAAGCAUAUCAGGCCAUGAAGAAUGUGGCCAGUUUGAUAAAUGAGAGAAAAAGACGACUAGAGAGUAUCGACACUAUCGCUCACUGGCAGGUCGCCAUUUUGCACUGGGAGGGGCCAGACGUGCUGGAGCGCAGCUCAGAGCUGAUCCACUCUGGUGAGCUGACUCGAGUUACCUGGCAAGGCAAAAUGCAGCAGCGCAGUUUCUUCCUGUUUGACCAUCAACUGGUCUACUGCAAAAAAGACAUCCUGCGGAGAGACCUGCUCCACUACCGUGGACGGAUGGAUAUGGACCAGACCGAGGUAGUGGAUGUGCCUGAUGGGCGGGACCUAGACCUGGGCCUGACACUGAGAAAUGCUCUGCGCCUCCGCCAUGCCUCCACCCUGGAGUUUGUGUGUGUGCUGUGCUGCAGGAAGGCCCAAGACAAGCAGAGGUGGCUACAAGCCUUUGCCAAGGAGAGACACCGAGUCAAGGAGGACCAAGAGAUGGGUAUAGAUAUUAGUGAGGAGCAAAGAAAACAGGCCAUUGUUAAUGCCAGAAGACCCAAACACGGGAAGAUCAAAGCCAUUGGUUACACUGGUUCUGUCCCACCAAACCACCAAAACCUUCCACCACUUCAAAAGCGUCAUAUAACCAUUCCCACCAGUGUGCCUCAGCAGCAGGUCUUUUCGUUGGCUGAACCCCCAAAACGAAAGCCAUACCAUCUGUUGUACAGCAUCACCCGCAACGCCUUUUUCAGGAAAUGAGGCUUUGCUUCCUAUCUUUUUUUUUCCUUCUCUCUGCAUGUUCAGAGCAUACCCAAACCGUCCUGAAGUCUCAAAGAACACUUUCAUUUUUUCCUGUCUGUGAAUUUGUGGUCAAGUUUUGUUUUUGUGCCUCCAUUUUAUUUUUCAUUAUAUGUCUUGUUUUUGUUGCAUGUUCAAACUCAGUGCCUACACUUUGGAAUGGGCAUGACAAAAGUGUUAAAAUACUGACUUUGUCCAUUUUAUUGGUUUGUUAAAGAUGCUGCUUAUUCAAAUGACUCAUCCUUUGGUUAUAUUAAUUCCAAAUGACAGAUUUUUUUUAUUCUAAUUAUGACAACAAUGUAUAUUCUGGUUUUACAAUGACAAUGUUUUUAGUUUGUUUCACAAAGGCUGGACCCUUUUUUGCUGUGAGUCCAUCAGCUCUGAGCACAAAAUGGCCAGAGGUUAAAUGACACCUUCAUAUAACCUGUUUAACACUGUAAAUAAAACUCCUGUACAAACACA